AUGAAUAUGAGGGAAUCCUUAGCCAAAUAAAAAGGAAAGGAAUAUCUAAAAGAAUUUAGAGAAUUACAUCAAAAGGCUCUUGAGUUAGAAAAAGAAGAGAGAGAAAAACAAUUAAAAUUACUACAAGAAUAAAAGAAGAAAAAGAAGUUAGAAUUGCCAUAAAUCACUUCUACUCCAAAAAUUGUGAAAAAUUAAACCUUAGGAACUCUUGAGCGACAUGAUUAUUUAUAAGAAGUUUUGUAAUAAGCUAAAAAAGAAAGAGAAGAAAGAAGAGAAAAGGAAAGAUUAGAAAAAGAAGAAAAAAUCAAGGAAGAAGAAAGAAAAAAAGAAGAAGAUAGACGAAAGAGAGAGGAAGGCCUUGAGUCAACACCAAGAAAAGUUGUCAAUUUAGAUAAUUUAGACGAUGAAUAAAAAGAAGAGUUAAGAAGAAAGAAAUUAGCAUUGCAUAAUUAAAAAGUUGACAAAAUUAAAAAAAAAUUUAUUGAUGAUAAAACUAAUGGUGAAUCAUCUUAACAAGAAAGCUACUUAAAAAGAAAAGCAGACCAAGUCAACAAAUUAGACAAGUAAACUAAAAGCAUGGAAUCUAUAGUAGAGGCUUCUUGGACUACAAAACCACUAAAAGCAGUAGAAAAGGCAUCAGAAGUAGAUGCACUUUACAUUAAGUCAAUUCAAUAAAAAUUAAGUCUAUUAUCAUCUGCUUAAAAAGCUUGA